GACAACUACGUGGUCCGUAUGUUCUGCAUCGCAUUCACAAAGCGCCGCCAAGAUCAGGUCAAGGCCAAUUGCUAUGCUCAGUCUGCGCAGAUCCGCAAGAUCCGGAAGAAGAUGACCGACAUCAUGACACAGGAAGCCAGCAAGGUGCAGCUUAGGGAAUUGGUGAAGAAGCUGAUCCCGGAGUCCAUUGGCAAGGCCGGUAUUUUGUAA